AUGUCUUCGAUUGAAAAGAAACCAGUGUUUCGGGAUCUCACAGCAGAGGAUCCAGAACCUGAGGUUACUGAAAUAGAGUCAUUAUGUAUGAACUGUCAUGCAAACGGGGUAACCCGUCUUCUCUUAACUCGCAUACCACACUAUAAAAAUGUGGUUAUUAUGUCAUUCAGUUGUGAGCAUUGUGGCUAUGAGAAUAAUGAGAUUCAACCUGGGGGAGCGUUUGCCGAGCUAGGGGUGAGAUGGAAGCUCCAGGUAGAAAACCCAAUAGAUUUAAACCGUCAAGUGGUGAAGAGUGACUAUACCAGUGUUAAGAUACCGGAAGUUGACUUUGAAAUACCUGUACAGAGUCAGAAAGGAGGGAGCUAA